GGGCAGAUUAACCCAAAGAGCCCUGGUGCUGCUCUGUAGUAGCACCCUCAGAAACAAGCUCCCGAUCCGCGUGGACUCAGUCUGGUCAGAUGGGCACUGUUUAGUUAACCCAAUUCUGAAUAACAGGAAAUUCAUACUAGCCUUUUGUUUUUUAUAUAUAUUUAAGCGGACUGAGGAGGGAGAUGGAGGCUUGCUCGAUAAUAGGAGAAAGCACGGAUGCGAUAGUGAUGGAUGAUUCUCCUACAGAUGAAAUGGAAAUUCAGGAGGCUUGCCAGAGCGAGAUCCCGGCGGUGUCUCUGUGCCCUCCUGACAGCGAGUGUUCAGCCGAGGCCCAGUUGACAGUCAUCCAGUGUGAAGGGGAGCUUUGUGACAGCUGCAGCAGCCUCGGCAGGCCCUCUUCUUCCUGCCAGCUCUAUCACCAAGUCCCCCAGUGUCCACAAGCUGGGGCCUACGAUUCACAGCCCCGAAAAUGUCCCCACUGCAGCCACUACGGUCCAAUCAAAGCAAACACCUGCCGUGACUGUCAUUCAAACACAACGGGCCCUCACGCUGAGGGAGGUGUCGUGGUGAAAGUGGGACACGGUUGUAGUUCUGCCCAUCAGACGUCCCGUCACGGAGCGGUGAGAUGUCAUUGGCUGCACGGGUCAAAUGAAAGCAGGACACAGAAACCGGCGCAGCGACAUGUGGUGACAGUAAGGGACGGAGGACUCUACAAGUUCGUUAGAAAGUAUUCCCAGGUGAUCGUGGACUACCCGUUAGCGAUGUUGGUGGGUUGUGCCGUGCUGCUGCUGGGAUGCUCACUGGCCGGACUCUUCAUUGGUCCCCUGCCAGACUUCUCUGACCCGCUGCUGGGCUUUGAGCCGCGGGGAACAUACAUCGGAGUUCGUCAGUCCAGCUUGUCUGAGCUGCAGGAGAACACUGGCCCGGGGAAAAAACUGUCUCCUUUGCCACAGCAGCUCAGUAAAAGUUUUGGGGGCGCUGUGAGCGGAGACGGCAGUGGCAGCCAGGACUCCUCCAGGCUUCGCAUCAAGAGGAUGCUGGCGAGAGACUCAUCUCCAGACACUUUCCUCUGUGACGCUCCAGGCGAGCGUCUGGCUCAGCUGGUGUUCCGUUCAGAAAACUCCGCCAGUCUCUGGAGUCUGAAGGCCAUCCACGCCAUGUGUGAGAUGGAGCAAUCCAGGAUUCGCUCCCAGGCUCAGUUCCAGGACUUGUGCCAGCAGCAUGUGAGGGGGGAGGCGGAGGGAACAACCAGAGGCGGCUGUUGUCCGAGCUGGUCUCUGGGGAACUACUUGGCUGUUCUCACUAACGCCUCCUGCUGCCUCAGCCUCACCUCACACCAGGUGUCUGACUCUCUGAACCUUCUCCGGAAAUGUGCUCCGUACUAUCACGAAGGACAUCUAAUGGAAGCCUGCGUUGAGAGACCCAAACAUGGCGGCUGUUCUUCUGUCCCGUCCCGCUGUAAGCAAUCCCGCGUGGUGUUCCAGAUCCUGCACUUCUUGGUCGAUAAAGACUUCCUCGGCCCGCAGACUGUUGAGUACCAGAUCCCUACGCUGAAAUACAGCCUGCUGUUCUUACCCGUGGACAAAGGAGAACACAUGAUGGAGAUUUAUAUGAGCAGUCUCGAAAGCAGGGAUCUGACAUACAACAACACCACUAUCACUGGCAUGGACUUUGGCAUCAAGCAGAGGCUUUUCAAGUAUUAUCUGGCGAGAGAUUCAAUCUACCCUGUCCUAGCUGUUGGCUCUCUUCUUUUCACUAUGGCCCUUUAUCUGCACUCUCUCUUCAUAGUAGCAUUAUCUGUAAUAGCCAUUACAGGCUCCCUGCUGACCUCCUAUUUCUUCUACAAAGUAGCAUUUCGCCUGACAUUCUUCCCCCUGGUCAACCUCUCUGCAGCUCUUAUUCUCUUGGGAAGCUGCUCAAAUCAGGUUUUCAUCUUUGCUGAUUUCUGGAAACUGCAGCUAACCCAGAACCCCUCAGCCUCCCUGGAGAAGAGAGUAAACAGAGCUUUGCAGGAAGUCGGCUAUUUGAUUUUAGCGUCUGGGUUAACUUCCAGCGCAGCAUUUUUCUCCGGUUAUCUCUGCAGCAUCACAGCAAUCAGAUGCUUCUCUGUUUAUCUCGGAACUGCCUCAUUUAUCAGCUCAAUCUUGGCGUUGGUGUGGCUGCCGUGCUCUUUCAUUCUGCGGGAGCGCUACACAGAAGCGUCCGCCGCAUCCGCAGCGGUGCAGGGCUGGAAACCGUGCUGCUCCAAAAACACCGGCGGCUUUUGGGAUACGAGUUCACGCAAAAGAUGCCUCUUUACUCUCAGGCAGAAGCUGAGAGAAUUAAAAAGAGGUCUCAGCGACACUUCCAAUUUGUUAUUUCUAAAAAUCCUGCCAUGCGGAGUGGUGAAGUUUAGAUACAUCUGGGUGUGCUGGUUCGCAGUGCUCGCUGCUGGGGGCAUCUACAUGUCCUGCAUUGACCCAGGCAUGAAGCUGCCCACCUUAGAUAGCAGGGUUGCCCAGCUUUUUCGCUCCAGUCACCCGUUUGAAAGAUACGACGCAGAGUAUCGCCACAUGUUCAUGUUUGAGAGACAGAGGAAUGGAGAGGAUAAACCUGUCACCUUGAUGCUUGUUUGGGGUGUCAAACCAACCGAUAACGGGGAUCAUUUUAACCCCAACAGCAAUGGCUCUUUGGUUCUCGACCCAGACUUUAACAUGAGCCGGCCAGAUGCUCAAGUUUGGUUGAGGGACUUGUGUGGACGGGUUCAGAACCAAACCUUUUAUUCCCCCCCAUCCCCUGAGGAUAAAGACGUGAUGACGGACAAUAUCUGUCUGGUGGAGCAGCUGAUACAGUGGGUGUCCGUCAGACGGUGCUCAGAGAGUGAUGACUCCCUCCAUUUUUGCUGUAACGAUAUCCCUUUCCCCUACACUCCCAGCGUUUUUGAGAACUGCCUCAGUAUGAUGCUGGCGGAGAGGUAUGCUGAGGGCCAUCUGGCCCACAGUGGAGGCCUGUACUUCCAGCCAGAUGGCAGGGUCGCUGCCCUCGUGUUGGCAUUCAAAACCACAUACCUCUACAGCUUCAACUUCAGCAGAACCAGCCUAUUCUACAGAGAAAUCCUGACAUGGUUCAACAGAGAAAUAUCAGGAGCACCACACGGGCUGGAGAACGGCUGGUUCAUCAGUCAUCUGUCCCUUUUUGACCUACAACAAGCCUUAAGCUCAGAGACUCUCGUGGUAGCUGGCUUCUCUGUCGCUCUCACGUUUACUUUGCUUCUUUUUACCACCUGGAAUAUUCCACUGAGCAUUUAUGGGACUGCAGCAGUAGGAGGAAGUGUUUUUGUUACCAUCGGCCUCCUUGUUCUGCUUGAAUGGCAGCUGAGCGGCAUCGAGGCUCUGUUCAUCUCCUCAGCAGCAGGGCUGUCUGUAGACUUUAUUGCCAACUACUGCAUUUCCUACAGCUUGGCUCCUCAUUCAGAUAAAAUCGGGAAAGUAGCACACUCUACUAAAAGGAUGGGAUGUCCUGUAGCAAUAGUUUCUGGUGCAUUUUUCUCCAUGGGGAUCAUCAUGUUGCCUGCCACCGUCUUGCUGUUCAGAAAACUGGGGAUUUUCCUCUUUUUGGUGAAAUGUGUAGCAUGUGGAUUCGCAACCUUCUUUUUCCAGUCCCUGUGCUGCUUUUUUGGACCCCAGAAAAACUGCGGGAACAUCACCCUGCCGUGUUUUUCAGACCACAAUGAUGGCGUGCUGUCCUCUUGCUCGGCAGCAGAGCCCGGUUCCUCGUCAGCCUCGGCCGCUAACGGGGCCUUUGGCAGAUCUAGAGUGCGGAGGAGUUAUGACAAAGAAGCAGGUGGCUAUCUGUACCCCGACCACCAUCGCCAGCAGAGACAGAAACAGACUGGCGCAGGGGGAGGCGGGGGCAGAGGGCCGGAGCAGUACGAGCUGCAGCCAUUGGCUUAUCGGCUGAGCGACAGCUUUGAAAACAGCACCUGCACUAGUAAGCUGUCCAACCGGCCGUCUGUGCUCUCCGAUGAGAUCGAGUACUGUGGAGGAGACGUGGGCAGGAAUAGCAUGGAUGGAGACAGCGAGGAGACGUGUAGUCGUCAACACAAGAGUGGCCAACCACCUCCAGCUCUCCAGACUUCAUCUCCAUACAAAGAAAACACCCUGCGCCCUGUAGGCCGGGCGCAAGACGACGCAGCCACCGACAAGAUGCUGUGUAAAACAUGCAGAGGCCAGCCUGAAGGCCACUGGAGCAAUACGUCUUUCUCCUCAUCGUCCAGCAUAGAGGACACCAUCAUCAGCCACACACUGGAGACUUUAGACCAGCCGUCUCUCUGCAAAGACGACCAAGCCACAGAGGAGAGCCUCCGUCACCACCAUCACUCCAAUAAAGACUCCUCCCUGUCCCAGAGCUCCUGCGAGGGUCUGGAGGACUCCAAUGAAACAUGCCUGAGUGACACUGAACCAGGACCUUCUAAUACGCAGCAACACGAAGCAGAAGAAGGGCUUCAGUUACAGCCAGGACACUUAAACGGGAAGAGAGACACACUUCGUCUCUCUCUGAAAGAAACUGUGUACGAGACCUGUAAUAAGGGCCGCACCAAUCAGAGCGAAGAAGUUGUCAUCUUGCCCAACAGUAAGCCAGACCUGCCAGACGUCUGGAUAAAGAGAGACGGACAACGAGAGGAUACAUGUUGAGCAAAGUUGGGAAGAAUCUUUGCUAACACUGUGCAUUUAUUGCUCUGAAUUUCUAUUUAAGAAAAGAAGACACUGCACUUAUACAAGCAUAUAGAAGCAAAAGAGCAUCCACUGUUACUUUUGUGUGGUACUCAAAGGAAAUAUAAGCCAACUGCAAAUGUAACAUGUGACAGCAUGUUUGUCUACUGUUGCUGCUGAGGUUGUGUGUGUCACAGGGUCAGAGCAUGAGCGUCUGCAGCAAAAGGUCA